UUCCAAGCAUUUAGCCGCAUGUGUGUAACGUUUUCUUCCCUGCCUCACGUGACACGAGGCAGAAGCUCAAACAUUACACAAUAAUCAAAAUAUGCCUCUGGCAAAGCUAAGCCAAAAAGCCGAAGCCGCCGCAAAAAAAGUGGGAAUGCAGAUGAAAGAAACCCAUUUUUGCUAACGUCGAGCAAGGCAUUUGAGAAUGCAAAAUCGCAAGCCCUUCGUUUAAAGGAAAGGUUUUGCAAGAAUAGCCAGGAAUCCCACGAAGCUGGACAACUAUGCUCUGCGGUGAAACAUCUGUUUGAGAUUCUUCAGCUUUUCUACUGGAUGUCAGGAUCUUUUUCUGGAAGACAUUUGUGCUUGCGCCACCAUGAUCUCCUUGGUUCUGUUUAUCUGGAUUGUGCCCUGCGUGGCCAGUCAGCUCCUCAGCAGCUUUGCGAAAGCAGAAAGUCAGAAAGGUUCCAAGCAGAUCAUCUGCAGCGUGCCAGGACCACAAGGCCCUCCUGGUGUGCCUGGAGCUCCAGGGUCCCCCGGGACGAUGGGAAGGAUGGGAUUCCCAGGAAAAGACGGACAAGAUGGAAAGGACGGGGAGAAAGGGGAGGCAGGCGAGGAAGGUCCACAAGGCAAGACAGGAAAUCCCGGCAAGCCAGGGCCAAAGGGAAAGGUGGGAGCCAUUGGCAAAGCUGGUCCUCGUGGUCCAAAGGGCCUGAAGGGGAACCCCGGGAAAAGCGGAGGUGUGGGGAAGAAAGGCCCCAAAGGAGCCCUCGGGGACCCUGGGAUGCCAGGCCCCUGCAGCUGCGGGGCAAACAAGGCCAAAUCCGCCUUCUCUGUUGCAGUGACCAAAAGCUACCCGAGAGAGAGGCUGCCCAUCAAAUUUGACAAGAUCCUCAUGAACGAAGGUGCAAACUACAACAGUUCCAGCGGGAAAUUUGUGUGCAGCAUCCCUGGCGUCUACUACUUCACUUACGACAUCACUUUGGCCAAUAAACACUUGGCCAUUGGGCUGGUGCACAACGGGCAGUACAGAAUAAAAACGUUCGAUGCCAAUACCGGGAACCAUGACAUAGCUUCUGGAUCGACUAUCCUGUCCUUGAAGCAGGAUGAUGAGGUCUGGCUGCAGAUAUUCUACUCGGAACAGAAUGGACUCUUUUAUGACCCUUACUGGACAGACAGCCUUUUCACUGGCUUUCUGAUCUAUCCUGACCAGGAUUAUCUGAAUGAAAUAUAAAGGGAAGGCUGUCGACAACAGCAACAACAGCCAACUCUAACAGGAAGUCGGACAUGGAAAAUGAGAACUGUAAUAAUGUACAUUCAUCUAGUCCCAUCUUUGCAUAAGCAGUUUCUAACCUGGACUGUGUCCCAGGGGUGUGGCUACCUUGUUUAUAGAUGAUAGUGUAAGCCCAGGGUAGUCAACAUGGUGAGCACAAGUUGAUGAACUACAACUCCAAACAUCUCUGAACAUUGGCUAAGCUGACCGGAGCUGAUGGGAGUUGGAGUCCAACAGAGUCUGGAAGGCACCAUGUUGCCUACCUCAAUCAAAGCCUUGGUGUUUCUUUGUGUCAGCCUGUGGAUCCCCUUAAAGAAUCAGCCUAGCUUAUAAAUUCGGAGCAGUCAGAGUUUUCAUCAUUUCUGGCCAGUGGCCAUUGCAGUAUUGUUAUUGUUUAGUCGUUUAGUCGUGUCCGACUCUUCGUGACCCCAUGGACCAGAGCACGCCAGGCACUCCUGUCCUCCAUGCCUCCCGCAGUUUGGUCAGACCCAUGUUGGUGGCUUCAAGAACACUGUCCAACCAUCUCGUCCUCAGUAUAAUUCCCCCCAAACCCAGUAAGGCAAUCCAAGUAUAUGUUGAAACAUACCCAUUUACAGAAUGACAAAUUAUAAAAACUUAAAAAUUGUAAUGCCCUCUCCCCAAAUCAUUUAGAUCAGUGUUUCCCAAACUUUAUCAAAAACAAAAGACCCAAUUUUGCUUCUUCGUCCCAAUAAUCUGCAUGUAUCCUGAAACCUGUCAAGCACAGCUCCUUCUUUGGCUAAUCUAAUCAAUCUCUUGUUCUCCAUCUUAAAUCAAUUUAAACUCAAAUGACAUCACCUCUGGAUUUUUCUAUAAAACCUUCAUUUGCUCAACAUCUAUCCUGAUGAAGUGUUCUGGAGAACUCGCAAAAGGUGGCCCACAACUUUGUGACAUUUGAGUUGGUCCUAAGGAAAGUGUUGCUAUCUUCAGCUUACUUAGAUAGAAGCAAUAAAUGAUCAUGGUUCUCUGCCUAAUGAGACACUAAGAAACCCCCAAAGGCAAACGAAAAAGGAAUAAUUUAUAAAGAAAGAUGGAUGAUGACCACAUUAUUUUAACAGUGGAAAAAAGAUUAUGAUAUUCAAAAUCUGGAGCUCAGCACUGAAGUAUCUUCAAGAGAUCACAACACAGAAUGAACAGAAUAUUAUUUUCCCUGAAUCCUUGUGUCCCAUAAUUUUGUCCUCACAGCUACUGCAAAUGUCAACUGAAGUUACCGGUAGUUGUGGAGUGUUGGAUUAAGGCCAAGGAAACUCGGGUUCAAAUCCCCCUAGUUCACUUGGUAACUUUGAGCUCAUCACUAUCCCUCAGCCAAACCUACCUCACAGGGUUGUUGUGAGGAUAAAAUGGAGGAAGGGCAGAAGCAUGUAUGCUGCUUUGAAAUCCUUGGAGGGGAGGCAGUGUUGUUAAUGAAUGAUAAUUGGUAAAGGAAAGAAGAUAAAUAGAAACCAACAAUAUGUAUCAGCCACUUGAUGCUUUAAUGUUGUAUGUAUAUUGCCACCUAGUGACUACCACCUUCAUUGCACAAGGUGCUGCCUGAACAAUACAAUUUUGCAACCAAGCACUGGUGUUUUCACAAUAAAAGUGCCUUUUAACAUGCUCACUGCACAUACAAGCAAACAAUGCUAUGCAGUUUUAAAUGUAAAGAAAUCCAGGUGUGUUUUUUUUCCAAUCAGCUGAGGGUGGGUGGCUUCCCAUUUGCAUUUGCACAAGAGUAAACAUUUACCAGCCUUAGAUACGUUUCACAAUGGGCAAAAUAGGGACUCGUGUUGUUGUUGUUUUUAUGGGAAGCAGUAUCUAUUUCCAUUUGUUUUUUGGUAGGUAGCCGUGUUGGUCUGAGUCGAAGCAAAAUAAAAAAAUUCCU